GGCCCGUGUCUGUCUGCUGUUUUCCGUAGGGCGCGUCUCGGUGGAGAGUGACAGGGCGAGGAAGAGGUCCACCCCCCGGGGGAUGGCCACGCCACAGUCCCUUUGUCCUCCUGGGAUUUGGGGCACCCGCGCAAGCGCGCCCAGCUGAUUUUCAGGCCGCUGGGGCCCGGUCUCCAACUCGUGUCCUGCCCGCGUGGGAUCCACCUGCUUUAAGCACGCCACCUGCUGGCCCGGAGAUUGCCUGCGGAAAUGAAGAGUAAAAGUUAAAAAUUUUGCAGUUAUCUAUCUUGUGGAUAUUACGGAAGUACCUGACUUCAACAAAAUGUAUGAGCUGUAUGAUCCGUGCACCGUCAUGUUUUUUUUCAGGAACAAGCACAUCAUGAUCGACUUGGGCACGGGCAACAACAACAAGAUCAACUGGGCCAUGGAGGACAAGCAGGAGAUGGUGGACAUCAUCGAGACCGUGUACCGCGGGGCCCGCAAGGGCCGCGGCCUGGUGGUGUCCCCGAAGGAUUACUCCACCAAGUACAGAUACUGAGCUGCUGUGGGGCCCAUCCCUGCGGCCCACACCGGGAACAACCCUGUCUGCUCCGUAGACACGGCCCUGCCGCCCAUGCUGGCCCCUCCUGUCCCCUCGGAGUCCAGUCCUGGCGCUCGUCCUGCAGGGUGGCUACACGCUGCUGGUGGUGACUGGGUUGGCCAGGGCUGGCACAGCCAGGAGUGGCCACUCGGCGGCUUGGACAGAGAGGCCCCCCACGAUGCAGUUGGGGUGAAACUGGCAGGCCGACCGACUCCAGCAGGCCACAAGGGUCUGCGAGGGUCUCCUGGCUUCUGGCCACGUUUGGUGCGCCCUGUCGUGUGGACGCUUGGCCCUGGUUUCCACCUCCCCCCAGCAGCAUCCUCCCCGUGCAUGUCUGUCUCAUUUCCUCCUUGUGGGGCCCCCACUGCCCAGCAUGACCACAGUUUAGCCGAUUAUGCCCUUAGCGAGCCUGUGUCCGGAAGGGCCCUCUGGGCACCGAGGGUAGGGCUUCGUGUGGGUCGGCCUCAGCUCGGUCCCUGUGGAGCCCAGAGGUGUCGCAUUUGGGUGUGAAAGCAGCUGAAGAAACAAGGACUGACAGGCCUUCUCUUUGGGAACAGGAGGGCCACUUACUCUUCCCGAGGUAGCAUCUGACGGGCUGACCAGGGUGCGUUCACAGGGUCCCGGCCCUUCAGUCCAUAUGGUGCAGGGUCCGGGUUCAGGCUCGGGGCUCUCCAUGGGUGUGGUUGGGGCUGCCCAUCUCAGCCCAGUCACACUUGCACCGACAGGCGAGCGAGUGGUGUGCUGGGGUCGGCCUUCAUGUGCCCGGAGUCCCCGUCUGCCUCAGACCCAGGUUCUCCUGCCCCUGAGGAGAGGUCCUCUGUGCCUCAGCUUUGCCGUUUGUACGGGGAUGUUGUCUUCAGACCCACACCCACGUUGGUUCACACACCCCUGCUGCGGGGGCGCAGUGGGUGGGUGUCACUGCUGCUGCUAGGUGAGUAAAUUUUAUGUACGCUGUACAAAUGAGUGCUUUCAAAGUGGACUUAUAAGUACAGAUCUGCAGUUGAGUCUCCCAGCAUUAAUCUCCCCGGAGUACAGUGGGGACACGAUUCCCCACCAUGGAGCACGGUUGGGAGGGAUCACAGUAGCCUGGGUGCAGGCUGCACGGCUGUGGACAGUACACAGAAGAGGAGCCUCCACUGGGUCUGGGUGUGCGGUGGGCACUGCGGCAUGUCCAUACAGUGAACUGUUCAGGUGUGAAGAAAUGAAAGGUUGGCCCCUGAGCACAGAGGAGAAGCUGGAUCCCACGUGGCCAGCUGAAGUUCCAGCCUGUGGCUUGCACGGCUCUGUGUGUGUGUGCGCACGCCCAAGAUCCUGACAAGAUGGAGAAUUGGAAGAAGUGUUGCGGCACGAUCAGGCGCCUCGGUGCUCUCCAUGCCCGUGCCCCUAUGGCAUGAAGAGACUGGGUGCUGCCCUACGCUGCACCAGGUGUAAGCCUUGAAACAGGCCAGCUGAGGGAGCAGGUCUACCCUGGACAGGGCGGGAAGGACAUACGGAGCCGGCAGCUUACGGGUAGGAUUGUUUGAUGCUGAGGUGGUGGGAGUGUCCUAGAACGGGUAGCUUCUCAGCUCUUGAUUAUUCCAAAACACAACAGAUGCUAUAGUUGGGGGAAUUGUGUUUCACUGGUCACGCCAGUUAACCAGAAAAGGAUAAGCAAAAAUUUA